CGCGGGGAGGCCUGAGGCGCCCGGCUGGGGAGCGGACGCGGCGCCCCGACUGCGAAGACCCUCCCCGGCGCGCAGUCCGCGGCCGGCCUGGCCCAGGUCCGCCUCUCGGGCUUUGGGGCUAAUCGGAGUGAGAGCGCGCCGGCCUCGGGCCGCGAACUUGCCAAUUGAGGAAGGGAGGCGGCCACCGCCCAAUCGGGAGCAGACAGGUGCGAGGUCCGGAAGACGGCGGCCAAUCGGCAGGCGUUGCGGCUCGAGUGACGUCUCGGCGCGCCAAUCGGGAGUGGCCGAACAUCCGUGCCCGCCGCCCUUCCGGCCCCCCGGCUCUAUUUACCAGGGGUGUGCGCUCCGCUUUGGAGUGCCCGGCGGGACCCCCGGGAGCCGACCCCCGAGGAGCGGCCGGUGGCCGCCGCACCCAGGCCCCGGGCAUGUCCUACAAGCCCAUCGCCCCCGCUCCCAGCAGCACCCCGGGCUCCAGCACGCCCGGGCCCGGCACCCCGGUGCCCACAGCCGGAAGUGUCCCGUCGCCGUCGGGCUCGGUGCCAGGAGCUGCUGCCCCUUUCCGACCCCUGUUCAACGACUUUGGACCCCCCUCCAUGGGCUACGUGCAGGCCAUGAAGCCCCCCGGCGCCCAGGGCUCCCAGAGCACUUACACGGACCUGCUGUCGGUCAUUGAGGAGAUGGGGAAGGAAAUCCGGCCCACCUACGCAGGCAGCAAGAGCGCCAUGGAGCGGCUGAAGCGAGGCAUCAUCCACGCCCGGGCCCUGGUCAGAGAAUGCCUGGCCGAGACAGAGCGGAACGCCCGCACGUAACCGGAGCACCUCCUCGGCCCCUUGCACACAGCACCUGCCCUUCCAGGCCUCAGCCCCAAGUCGCACGUCCCGUCCUGGGGUGGGGAGCCCAGAAACCAGGGGGCGGCCCUGGCCGCAGCCCACAGCACUCACCGGGCCCCCUUCCCCACGGAGCGGGCAGUGAGGUCACCAUGUCCCCUUGCCCAGGUGACCUACCCACAGUGUUGAUUCUCACCCGCCGGCCCCUCUCCCACCCCAGCUUUUCUCCUGCUCCAUCUGGGGCCUGGGCCGGGGUUCAGCAGGCUGGCACCUCCCUGCCUUGCCUCCUGGGUCACAGCCCCCCUUUUGUUCGUGUGUCUUUUGCUAAAUAUUCCCCUUUUUAUAUCAAUAAAAGAUGAUUUGCAGUUGU